CAUAAAAAUAUUUCCAAAACAUCUGUAACAGUCUUAUUCAGUCUUAUUGGAUUUAUAGUUUUAUAUAAUAAAUUCGCAAUAAUACAAAAGUAGAUAUAGAAUAACAAUGGGGGUCCCAAAAUUUUUUCGCUACAUUAGCGAACGAUACCCAUGCUUAUUAGAAAUUGUCAAGGAAUAUCAGAUACCUGCCUUUGACAAUUUGUAUUUGGACAUGAAUGGUAUAAUACACAUGUGCUCUCAUCCAGAUGACAAUGAUCCCCAUUUUCGUAUCACUGAGGAGAAAAUUUUCCAGUCCAUAUUUCAUUAUAUAGAAAUAUUGUUCAGCAUGAUUAAGCCACAGAAAGUAUUUUUCAUGGCUGUGGACGGUGUUGCUCCCAGAGCUAAAAUGAAUCAGCAGAGAGGCAGGAGAUUUAGGACUGCAAAGGAUGCUGAGAAGAUGGAGAAAAAGGCACUAGAGAAAGGGGAAACAUUACCAACAGAGUCCAGAUUUGAUUCCAAUUGUAUUACACCAGGCACUGUGUUUAUGGCAAAUCUUCAGGAGCAAUUGAAAUAUUUUGUUAUUAACAAAAUCACUAAUGACAACCUGUGGAGGAAGUGCAAGAUAAUUUUGUCUGGUCCAGAGACUCCUGGAGAAGGUGAACACAAAAUUAUGGAUUACAUUAGGUACAUAAGGAGCCAACCGGGCUAUGAUCCAAAUACAAGGCAUUGUCUUUACGGCUUAGACGCCGAUUUAAUUAUGUUAGGUUUAUGUACACACGAACCGCACUUUUCGUUACUUAGAGAAGAGGUGCGAUUUGGAAAGAGUUCGAAUAGGCGCAAAGAUGCUCCUGAGCAGACGACGUUUUUCCUGCUUCAUCUUUCAUUAAUGAGAGAGUACUUAGAAUUAGAGUUCAGUCAAUUGAAAACCUCGUUGCCUUUUGAUUUUAACAUUGAAAACAUUAUUGAUGAUUGGGUAUUGAUGGGAUUUCUAGUUGGAAACGAUUUCAUACCAAAUCUGCCAAAUCUUCACAUCAAUAAAGGCGCAUUAUCGACGCUCUAUACUGCUUACAUUAACGUUUUGCCCACCAUGGAUGGAUACAUAAAUGAGUCGGGCCAAUUAAAUUUAGAAAGAUUUGAGAAGUUUAUGGCGGCACUUUGUACUAUAGAUAUGGAUCAUUUCACAGAACAGUACACAGAUUUGAAAUUUUUUGAAAGCAAAACAGGGAGAAGACCAAAUUUAAAAGAAAGAACUAGUUAUAAGCGUAAAGAUUUGGAAGCGUGGAAACCCGACGAGGAAGAUGAAAGUUUACAGUUCGAGGCAAUCGAACCGGAACCGGAGAAACCGGUUAACAAAGAUCUGGCUAAUAUGAUCAAAGCUGUCGAUGAUAUGAUGCUAGAAGACUCGCCGAACGGUGACACAGAGUUUGAGUUGGAAGAAGAGGAUAUCACGGAAUCGAGUGUAAUGUCGGAAGAGGAAGAUUUAUUUGAUAUGGAAUUUAGGCAGCACAAGGAAGGCUAUUACUUAAACAAAUUGGCUUACGAAAAAGUCACUCCCGAUGUCAUGAGAAGUCAAGCGGAGGGAUAUGUUAUUGCCGUCCAAUGGAAUUUAAACUAUUAUUACAAUGGCGUUUGCUCUUGGGGAUGGUACUAUCCUCAUCAUUAUUCGCCCUUCAUAUCUGACAUCAAAGAUUUUAAAGAUCUUAAAAUAGAAUUUGAUCUUGGCAAACCGUUUCAACCGUACGAACAGCUGUUAGCUGUACUACCAUCUGCGAGCAAAAAACUUCUUCCAGAAAGCUAUCAUCGUUUAAUGGUAGAUACAGAAUCCGAUAUAAAACACUAUUAUCCGGAAGAUUUUGCCACUGACUUGAAUGGUAAAAAACAAGACUGGGAGGCUGUAGUACUUAUACCUUUCAUUGAGGAAGACGUAUUAUUAAAGGCUAUGGAUCCGUGUAAUAAGUUGUUAAGUGAACAAGAAAUUAAGCGCAAUACGCAUGGUCCUAUGUUGGUAUUCGAGUAUUCUCAAUCUGACAAUGGAUCUUACGAAGCUCCGGAAUAUUUUCCAGUUAUUAUGAAUCAUCACGCAUCUUGGAAUUUAUUAACCAUUAAUGAUAUUCGCGUGCCCAAAGAGAAAUUAAUCAAGGGAGCCUAUCCUGGCGCCAAAAUGGAUGUAUACUAUCCAGGAUUUCCGACACUGAAACAUUUGAAAUAUUUUGGCAACUUGAGUAAAGCUAAAGUUAAGGUAUUCGAGCAAAACAGCAGGGAGGAGAAUAUGGUAAUUAAAUUGGAGAACGAAAUAACUGAUUCCAUUGAUGUAGUUGCUGAAGAAUUGCUGGGAAAAAUAGUAUUUGUAGGAUGGCCACAUUUGGUUGAAGCUAAGGUUGUAGCAGUAUCUAACAAAGAGGCUAAAUACAAGGCGAGCGAUCUUCCUGGAAAAUUUAUAAUCGAGCAACUUAAUGGAAACAUAGCCCAAAAUUGGCAAGUCGACAAAAGUACUAUAGUGGAUCAUUAUAUGUACCGUUUAGGCAUAAACGUGGGUAAAACUGAUAUUUUAGUCCAUGUUACUGAAAUGAUCGGUAGACAAUACGUUUUCACGAAAAUUGGUCGUGUCAAUGUUGAAAAGAAGUUUUCAACAAAGUGGUCGGUCUUUCCUUUACAAACUGUAAUUAAAGAUAUAUCAGUGCACGAUGAAUGCAACUCGACGUACGUUAAUAUAGACGAUGUCUUCCCCAUAGAUUCGACAUGCUUCAUGAUUGGUCAACAAUACUAUGGAUCUAUUGCAACGGUCAAAAAUAGUCAGGAAUGUAUAGGAAAAGGCAGAAUAAAAAUUUCGCUAAAAGCUACCAACGAACCUAACUUUAACAAAGCGUUGUCAUUGGAAAAAAAUAUUAAUGUUAAAUACAUGCCAUUUUAUACUGCCGCUAACAGAGUAGGUAUUUCCAAAUAUCUGUUCACAAGAAUCACUGGUACAUUAUUUGUGAUUAUGGGCUCUAAGAAUUCUUGGUCGAAGGACGAUGUGAGUAAAAUCAAUAUUGGGCUUAAUUUGAAGUUCAAUAAGAAAAACGAAGAGGUUCCUGGCUAUACGAAGAAGGAAAAUACUUGGCUGUAUUCUAAUAAGGCCGUGGAUCUAGUUAGAGAGUAUACGCAAAAGUAUCCGAAACUGUUUAAAUUUUUGGCUGGCCAUCCGAAUGACGAUGUCUACUUUGAAGCCGAUCUAUUCCCGGAGGAUAAGGCGACUGGUGCUACGGUUAAAGAAAUCGCUGCAUGGCUCAAGAAGCAGCACUACUAUUCCAUUGAUCAUAAAAUAUGCGGCAGUAGAACUCUGGAACCUGAAGUUGUUAAAGAGUUAGAGAAGAUUGUCGACAAGUUUGUGGAGAAAGUGUAUGAGGAAAAGAAUAUCCUGAUGCAAGUCAAGCCGCAUUUGUUAUACAAGCCUGAAUUUCAAUCGGGCAGCUUGGAGGCAGAUCCAACCACGACCUACGAGUUGUACGAUCGCGUCGUAAAUAUAAGGGAGAGUUACACUGUUCCAUUGGGUCACACCGGAACUGUGAUUGCCAUCCAUAAACCAAAGUCGGAUAAGCCGGAAGAUUUCAUGUACGAUGUCAUGUUCGAUAAAGCUUUUGCUGGAGGAAUGGCUUUGAACUGUUCCUCGAAUAGAGGGUAUCGUAUGUCGAGGACUGCACUCAUCAAUAAGUCCCACGGUAUGCGAUACUUUGACGACAACUCCGGAAAUAAUUCAGGAGUAGGUGUGCACCACCAGCAACAUCAGCAGCAAAAGCAGCAAGCCGUUGGUUAUCCAACUGGACCCAAGUUUCCGGAUGCUUUCAGGUCAAUGCAGCCGCAACCUCAACCACCCGUCUCCUAUGGUCCUCCACAAAAACCUCAACCACCUGUCUCUUAUGGUCCACCACAACCUCAACCACCCGUUUAUCAGCCACAGCAACCUCAACCACCCGUUUAUCAGCCACAACAACCUCAACCACCCGUCUAUCCUCCGCCACCGCAAAACUCUGCAUUUGUCAGUUGGAACGGGUAUUACCAGCCACCGCUCGUCAACAACUUCAUGAACUUUUGCGGAGCACCUCUGAUGUUGCCUCCCAAAUUCCAGCCGUCACAACAGCAGCAACAUCUUAGCCCAAUGAUAAGACCUACCAGCACCGACACGAAACCGGACAACAAGAACAAGCAAAACGACUUGCAAUCGUCCGAGUACUUGAAGAAGAUGUUGAAAAUAAAGGACAACGACCAGCAAUCUGGUCCUAAGAUCGAUAAUCCGUAUUCUGUUCCAGAUAUACAUGCUCAAGUGUCGGCCGCUAUGCAGCAGUUGCCGAAUAUGUCGCAUGCGAAACCUGUUGCCAAAAGCUACAGCUUGCAGUUGUUGUCGUAUUAUCAGUCGAAGGGGCUGGGAUGUCCAUAUUACAAGUACUUCGACACUCCUACCGGAAAGAACUUUGUAGCGCAGCUUGUGCUGCCCUUCAAUGGUGAACCAGUUUUCGGGGAAGCGGCUCCGUCGAGGGAACUCGCCUGUGAGAAUGUCGCCAAGGCCGUGUUAAACAAGUUAAACAGUGGUGACCAAAGUGCACCGCAUGCGGUUAAUUUGCCUAUGAAGUUUCCAACACCACCAAAGCAAUGGUGUGAAACCCAAAACAGGAAUUCUACCCACAAAUCAGUUACUUACAAAAAUCAGACUCGUAAUAAGACUGAAGAUGCCAAGUGCAACAAGUUUGUGCCGUUGCAGGCUGUGAGGAGACAGCCGAAACCCAGCCAUUCGAACGAUAAUCAGAGUGCGAACAAGAAGGGCGGAAACGAUAAUCAAAGCGAUUCGAGCAAUGCCAAAGGUCAGUCACGUCCAGGGAAGAAAGAGAACGCGUCGAAUCAUCCCGGCAACGAUUCGAAACCACGGAGACAGAGGAAGAUGCGUAUUGCAGCCAACUUCUCCGGACCAUCGAAUCCUCAUCAAUCGAAUCAAUAAUACUGAUGACAAAUAAAAUGCAAGAAUGAAGCCGCGCUCGACGCACUAACAAAUAAAAAUAAAUUAAGUUUAUCAAAAUUAUAUUUUUUAAAAGAUUUUAUUCGAGGAUGUACGCGUAUUUGAACACUGUUCAACAAUAUUUGUUGUUUUUACUGUAUGUUUUUUUUUAUAUAUUUAGUUUAACUUUUUGAUUAUAAUUUGCAGAGGUUGUACAUUUGUUCAAAUUGCUUUUUUAAUAAAUAAACUGUAGAUAGUCUGAUUCAUGAUUAAGCAUAUAUUUUAUAAUAUUAGAAGAUGUUUUUGAAAAGUUGAUGAGAACGAGUGCGUGUAUGAACAUAUUACAAUUUCUCCAUUAUAUUUGUCACACAUUACAUGUAUUCAACGAUAAUUAAGGAUAAUAAAAAACAAACAAACAAGUUAUUAGAAAAA